AGAAAUUGAUUGCAGCAAUGUUUUUCUAGAUCCACAUGCUCAACUUCUUCUUGAGGCUAUGAAGCAAUCUGGUUGCACUGUUUUUAAUGACCGGCACUUUUCUUGUGAAAACUGUGAUGGCUGUGUCAGUGGAGGUUUUGAUUCCGCCACAUCUCAGAUUGUUUUGUGUCAGAACAACAUUCGUCAGCAAUCUCAUAUGAACCGGGUGGUCACACAUGAAUUGAUUCAUGCUUUUGAUCAUUGCCGUGCACAUGUUGACUGGUUUAAAAAUGUCAAACACCUAGCAUGUUCAGAGAUUCGAGCUGCUAAUCUUAGUGGAGACUGCACACUGAUGAAUGAAAUAGCCAGGUUUAAAUUUGGAUUAAAAGGACAUCAUCAGACUUGUGUACGAGACAGAGCAAUUCGUUCCAUUCUGGCUGUUAGAAAAGUUAGCAAGGAAACGGCAGAAAAAGCUGUGGAUGAAGUUUUUGAUGCAUGCUUCAAUGAUCUGGAACCUUUUGGAAGAAUCCCGCACAGUAAAACAGAUGCAAAACGUGCUUAUAGAGACUUUCAGAACAGAGACCGCUAUACUGCUAAUUUGUAAAGAAAAAAAAAGUGUUUAUAUCCAAUUGUUCUGUAAUGUCUGAAGUUACAAUCUGCACACACAGUGCUGGUGGAAGGGGCAACUCUAUCAAAUGUAUCAAUUAAUUUUUGUAAACGUUUUCCAGAACCCAACUUCCAUGGAUGUGAACAGAGUAAAUGAAUAAGACUAAAAACUGCUUCCUCACCUGUUGUUCCAGCAAAAUAAUUUAGUACACAGGGUGACUUGUCAGAUAAUGAUCUGCACAUCUCGAUGCACAUUUAAUUC